AUGCGUAGUAAACUGUCAGAAAUUUAUCACAAUGUGUUAAAAAAUAACUUUAAUAUUAUUAUUUUAACUGAAACUUGGCUUAAUAAUAAAGUCUUCGAUGCUGAAAUAUUAGAUGAUAGAUAUCGGGUGUUUCGGAGGGAUAGGGAAUCAUUAACAUUUUCAGAAGGAAAGGAAGGUGGUGGUGUUAUUAUAGCCGUACACAAAUCACUAAAUUCUUUUAGGAAUUACUCAUAUGAAAGUCAUUGUGAAGAUCUAUGGAUAACUAUAGAUGUUAACUCUAAAAGAAAAAUACAUUUGUGUGCUCUGUAUUUACCUCCUCCAGUUCAAUUAGAACACUUUGAACAUUUCAAAAAGAAGAUAAGCACAUUUAUAAAUGAAUUAGAUUCAGUCAUUAUAGUUGGUGAUUUUAAUAUGAGUGGAAUAUCUUGGGUAAUGAACAAUACAGAUACACACAGUGUUCCUAAUAAUUAUAAUAAUCAACUUGGCUAUGCAUUAAUAGACUUUAUGUCUUCAAAUAACUUAUUGCAAUAUAAUACAAUUUAUAAUGAUCACAAUAAAAUCCUUGAUUUAGUAUUAGCAAAUUUCUCUGAUCCAAUUUCAGUAAUUAGGUCGGAAGAGAUAUUAUCUAAGGUAGAUAAGUAUCAUCCUCAACUACUUAUACAAAUUAGAAUUAGCUCUCUUAAGUUGUUAUCAUCAACAGUGAGUUCAAGAUAUAAAUAUUUUAAGGCUGAUUAUCAAAAAAUUGAAGCAUAUCUGGUUGAUAAUUUAAAACUUUUGGAUAAAGCCAGCUGGUUUACUUGGGUGUUAAAAGACCAUGAUUAUAAAAAACAAGGGGAACAGAAGAAAGUUAAAAAGAUGAUAAAGAUAAAGAAAGAGGUUAAAAGUUCAAAAAUUAGCAAGAAAAAGAAGCGAAGACUCACCAAUUCAUCAACUGAAGAAGACGACAAUGAUGACAAUAUUGAAUACGCAGAAAGCGAUGCAACUGCCAUUUUUUCUGAUGAUUCAAUGAGUAUAGAUUUUUACGACGACGAAAACAAUUUAAAUACUGAACUUGACGAAAAAACGGGUAUACUGAAACCGAAAAUAGAUCCAAACAAGAAAGUGACUCUGUUAUCUCAAAUAAUUUUAAAGAGACCUGAUUAUGAAACUAAUACUAAAAAAGACAAAAAAAGAAAGAUACUUUGUGAAAGUGAACAAUCAAUACAAAAAAGAUUUCGCGAAAGUACGGAAUUUAUUACUGGGAAAGAUGACGUGACAAUUUUGUCACAAAUAAGAAAAGUACCGGAAAAUAUGUCAAGUUAUGAUUUAAGACAGAGUGAUGUAUUUGGAAAAGAAUAUACCAUGAAUGAAAUAAAACAUAAAGACAGUGACAAAAUUAAAACCGAUGACAGGAAAAUGCAUGUGCAGAAGGAAAAUUUGAAAGACGAAGAAAAAUACAAAAUUGAGAUCGAAUACACGAAAGAAGAUGAAAUCAAGAUAAUUCUUAAUGAUACUGAAGAAGUAGAUGAACAAGAGGCAAUUCAAUGUAAAGAAAUUAAUAAAACAAAUUUUGAAAUGACAAUUUUGUCACAAAAAAGGAAAUUACCGGAAAAUACUUUAAGUUAUCAUUUAAGAGAGAGUGAUACAUUUAGAAAAGAAGAUAUUAUAAGAUAUAAGAUAGAUAGAGAUAAAAUUAAGACUGAUGAUGGAAAAAUAGACGAGAACAAGGAAAAUAUAUCCUAUAACCAAAAAGAAAUUGAAGAUAUUUUGAAUGAAGAAGAUAAAUGUAAAAUUGAGAUUGAAUGCACGACAGGAGAUGAAAGCAAGAAAAUUGUAAAUUAUAUUAGAGAAGAAGAUAUAAAAGAGGCAGUUAAAUUUAAAAAAAUGGACAAACCAGAUUUAGAUAAAAGAAACAAAACUAAGAAUUUGAAAGAAGGAAAAAAAGAAGAUAAAGUUAAAAUAGCAAUUUUACUCAACUUGAUUGGUGAUGAAGGUUUGGCUAUAUAUAAUACGUUUGGACUAUCUACUGAAACGUCGACGUAUGAUGCUGUAAUUAAAAAAUUUGAGAAUUACUGUAAAGAAAAAAAGAAUGUGUUAUUUGAGCGGCAUAAAUUUUUUAAAACAUUGAGAAUUGAUGGUCAGACUAUUGAUAAUUAUGUGACAGGGCUUCGCACUAUUGGAGCAAACUGUGAAUUUGGUGAUCAGUUAGAAUCGUUAAUUAGAGAUCAAAUUGUGUUACACUUAACAGAUCAAGGGCUACAGGAAAGAAUAUUGAGAGAAAGUGAGCUAGGUUUACUUAAAGUAGUUGAAUUUGUAAAAGCAUCCGAAACUACAAAGGAACAAGUGAGAUUAAUACAAGAGAAAUCUGUAGAAGUACAUGGAUUAAGAAGAGGUAAUAAUAAAUCUAAUUUUAACACAGCUAAUGAUGAGGGCAGGAAACUUAAUAAUCAUUUUAGCCUUAAAUAUGGGAAUCACAGUGGUGUGAAUAGCACUAAUAAUGCAGUAGACUAUCAGUGUCGGAAGUGUGGAAAUAAACACAGAGCCAAUAAUUGUCCAGCAUAUGGAAAGUAUUGCAAUUUAUGCAAUAAGCCAAAUCAUUUUGCACUUGCAUGUUUUAAAAACAAGAAAAAUAUAAGUUUAGUAAAACAAAAUAAGUAUGAAAGUGAACAGGAUUAUGCAGAUUCCCUUAUAGACUCGUGUGAAUUAGUUGAGAGCUCAAGAAAAAUAUGUAAAAUUAAUCUUUUACAGUGGUCACAAAAAUUAAUUAUUAAUAACAAGGAAUUGGAGUUCAAGCUUGAUACAGGAGCUGAGAUUAAUGUAAUGCCAAUAAGCUGUCUGUUCAAAUUGGGAGUAAAUGCUGACAAUAUAUGUAAUAAUAGACAAAUAAUUUUGGAGGUAUUUGGAGGUAAUCGGUUAAAAUCUUCAGGAGUUAUUAAAUUGAAGUGUAGUGCCAAUAAUGCUAGGAAUUGCCAACUUAGUUUUGUGGUAGUGGAUGAUGCAAAUAAUAAUAAAAUUAAACCCUUACUGGGUUUGGACGGCUGUGUUAAAUUAAAUUUAAUUAAAAGAAUAAAUGAUCUUACAGUAGAUAAUCAAAAGAAAAUGGAAAUUUUGAAGAGAAAUGAAGACAUAUUUAAUGGAACUGGACUGAUUAAAAAUUAUGAGUGUCACAUUAAAGUGGAUAAAUCUGUAGAACCAGUCAUCAGACCUCCUAGAAGAGUACCUUUAGCUAUUAGAGACAGCCCACAUUAUCCACAAUCAAAUGGAAUGGUGGAGAAAGCAGUUGGUAUUUGCAAGAACCUGAUGAGAAAAUGUUACAAAUCUGGACAAGAUUUCAAUUUAGGAUUAAUGGAGUAUAGAAACUGUCCAGUUACAGGAUUGUCAGAGAGCCCAGCCCAACUAAUGAUGAGCAGACAGCUAAGAACAGUCCUCCCAACUAUUGAUGAAAAUCUGAUGCCAAAUGUUGUUAGGGUGAAGGAGGAUAAAGAGCUUAAACAGAAAAAGUCUAAGUUAUACUAUGAUAAAACUUCACAGCAGAGAAGAGGUUUCAAUGAGGGUGAAAGUGUGGUCCAUAGAAGAGGAAGGAGAUGGGAGCCAGCCCAGAUUAUUAAAUCUAACAAUACGCCUAGAUCCUACAUAAUAAGAACUGAGGAUGGUCAAACAUUAGUUAGAAAUUCAGUUCAUCUACGGAAAUCGGGAAAUCCUUUUGCUAUUAAUGGAGAUCAAAAUAGUUAUCCCACUUUAGAAAACAACACUACUGAAAGUAAUGAAUCGAAUACUGAGACUCAACUGGCUCCAGCUCAACUUCCACAAGAGAGUUCUGAGAUCACCUCUGAAACUUAUAACCCAGCUCUACCUCAAGCUAUGUCUAGAUACGGAAGAAGAAUUAUUAAACCUAGGAGAUUAGUGGAAGAA